AAAAACUAAAAAAAAGAUGUCGAAGGGGUGGAGGUUUACUUUCACCGUCUUUUGCAGCAGGCAGCACAGCAUCCAUGGCAGGAUGCCUUCCCCCGCCAUCGCCAGCGACUGGCACCAUCACCGGCAUCGCCAGAAGAUUGGGCAGCUCUACCAGUGGCUCGCUCUUUCCGGUCCUCUUUCUGCAGCAAGACCUCCAUGGCUGGAGAGCUUCCAACGCCGCUUCCAGCGCCUGGCACCAACAAAGCCGCCGUCAGCAGACCCCGCAGCCUCGAGGCGGUCGCCUGAUGCAGCCUCCAUCUGGUUCUCACUUGGUGGUUAAUCCUUUUAGGCUCCAACAAUCUUCUCUUGCAGCAGUUGUCAGAGAUACAACUACAGUGACAAAAGACUCUUCUGGAGAUCAAACGGCAAUCUCCGAUUCAUCUAAUUCUGGCAUUAUCGAUGGAGCACGCAUUGAUUAUGAUGAUAAGGAAUACGGAAAAGAUGACUCUAAGCAUUUGGAUGACCAGAAAAUGAUACGAGUUUGUGACAAACUAAUAGAGGUUUUCAUGGUUGACAAACCUACUCCGACUGACUGGAGAAGAUUAUUGGCUUUCAGCAAGGAAUGGAAUAAUAUUCGGCCUCAUUUUUAUAAGCGUUGUCAAGAGCGAGCUGAUAGUGAGGAUGAUCCUGGGAUGAAGCACAAGCUACACCGCCUUGGAAGGAAGCUAAAAGAUAUUGAUGAGGAUGUGCAAAGACAUAAUGAACUUCUCGAUGUGAUAAAGGGUGCACCAUCUGAGAUAAAUGAAGUUGUUGCUAGGCGUCGUAAAGAUUUCACCCAAGAAUUUUUUGUGCAUCUUCACACUGUGGUUGAAUCCUACUAUGACAAUCCAACAGAGCAAAAUGCUUUGGCGAAGAUUGGAAACAUGUGCUUGGCUGCUGUAGAAGCCUGUGAUACAGCAUCUGAAAAUAUUGGGGCGCUGAAUGCUGCUGAAUUGAAAUUCCAGGAUAUUAUCAAUUCUCCUUCUUUAGAUGCAGCUUGCAGGAAGAUAGACAAUUUGGCUGAGAAAAAUCAACUUGAUUCGACAUUGGUUCUAAUGAUCACAAAGGCCUGGUCAGCUGCCAAGGAGUCCAACAUGACGAAAGAUGAGGUAAAAGACAUAAUGUAUCAUUUGUACAUGACCGCAAGAGGUAAUCUUCAAAGGCUUAUGCCAAAAGAGAUAAGAAUACUUAAAUAUCUUCUUAUGAUCGAAGAUCCCGAGGAGCUCAAGUGUGCACUGAAAGAUGCAUUUACCCCAGGGGAAGAACUUGAAGGAAAGGAUGUAGACUGCCUGUACACGACCCCUGAGAAGUUGCACACCUGGAUGAGGACGGUGGUGGAUGCAUAUCAUUCCAGCAGAGAAGGCACGCUCAUAAGGGAAGCCAGGGACUUGAUGAACCCAAAGAUCAUCCAGAAACUGGAGGAGCUCAAGCGGUUAGUGGAAAACAGCUUCAUGUGAUAUUGUUGAAUGGAAUUUGACCUCUAAGCUGAACUCUUGAAGAUGAUCAGGAACAGUGCCAGCCAACCUUGAACUAUUCCUGCAUCCUUGUAAUUUAAGACUUCAGAUCUGAAUAGCACCCCAUCUUCUCCAUACUAGUGAUGCCUCAGAGAAAUCUUGUAUAGGGAUAUACAUUAGCUAACCAGAUUUGUAGGAGAGUCUGUAUCCUUAGGUAGUGCUGUUGGCUGACUGUGAACCAAGAUAAUCUUUCAGUUGGUUACUGUGACCAUUUAGAAGUUUUAUGCAGUUGACUCAUUCUUUUGAA